UUUUUUUUUUUCACCAACUAAAUUUGAUUUUUGGAAAAAAAACAAAGUGUAUAAAUAGAAGUUAACUGUUGAAGUAACACAUGUACCACAAAAACUUAUCCAUAAAAUCGCUUGUUUUCUUUUGAAAAAGAUAUUGUAACGGCUCUACAAUAUUUUAUUUAUCCUUCAAAACGCCUUUCAUUAUUUAUUUAUUUUUUGUUUUAGUACGGCUAAAUCAUGAAAAGACCAAGAAGACAAAAACAUAAGAAAAAUAUGCACGUCUUCAGGAGCCCUAAUUAUAUGAAUAAGAAUGAUAACAUAGCUCCAAAUCCACCUCAGCCUAACAAGGGUUUGUGUCUCCACACAAACGCUAAUACAGAUGAAGAACUUGUCCGUAAUUCAACUUACAAGUUUAAUAGCUCCGUAGAAACUCUCAUAAAUGACUCUGAAACCUCCCGGUUCGCUGUUUAUAAUAGAAAAAAUGGAGUAAAAAAAGUUCCACGUCGCCAAAAUGCCUGGAUCAUAUACCGCAGGGAUAAAAGUAUAAGCCCUGAAUUUGCCGGGACACCAUCAAAAUUUAUUUCAAAAGAUAUUGCUAAAAUGUGGGAUAAUGAGAAAAAGGAAACAAUAGAGUUAUUCGAGGCUCUAGCAAGAAUAUCUGUAAAAAAACAUAUCGAAAGAUAUGGUGAGGAUUAUAGAUAUAAUCCUAAAGAGGCAAAAAAAUCAAAACAACUAAUCAAUGAGGAUAAAUCAUCGGUGCCCCCAGCCCCAUCAUCUUCAAAGUUCGAAGAACAAAAAAAUUUUCCUACUCCCCCGAUUUCACCAAUAACUUCAUCAUCAUCAGAUUCGGCAGCGAAUCCGGAGCAACAACAACCUUACCUACAAUUUUCCACAAAUAUAUAUUUUUCUUAUUAUACGAAUUAGCAUCUCUGUAUGAAGUCAAAAUAGAAAAAUAUCGCAAAAAUAUGCCAAAAACAUACUAAAAUUUUUCUACUUUAUACGCUUUAGUUCGUAGUAAAAUAGAAAAUUUUGAGUAUGUUCUUAGUGGAUUUUUGGGAUAUUUUUUUGUAUCUUAACUUUGUAUAGGGUAUCAAUUCUUUCGUUAUAUUUAUUUUAACGAUUUUUUCAAAAGUUUUUAAAUUCAAAGUACGUAUUUAUUUAUAUAUUUAAAAUUUCGAAUUUGUGAUCCAAAUAAAAAAUCAAUCAUGAUAUACAUUAGCUGACAUUAGUAGUCAGAAAAGGUUAGAAUAAUUUUAUUUUAUGGGUGGUUUUUUUGUGAUUUCAAAAAUUAUAUAUAUAGUAUAUAUUGUGAAUUUUUUUUUAGGGUUUUUUUUUUAUUUU